AUGCUCACGCGGUCGCGCGCCAAGGCGUCCAAGCAGCCCGUGUUCAUCGACGACAAGUGGAACGACGCGUACAUCCAGACGAAGGACGAGCAGAUCGACGCGAUGCUGGCAGCCGACGCCUCGGGACGCCGUUGGGACGAGCUGGAGGAAGAAAACUCGGCCAACGACAGCAGCGAGGACGACGACGACGACGAUGGAGCUGGUGAUGGAGAUGACGACGUGUGGCAUUCGGACUCGGACGAGUCGGAAGACAAUGAAGACGAUUGGCUGGUGCGUCCGGGGGCGUUGACCGCGCCCAGUUUGGCUCAGCAGUGGCUGGCAAGCGGCUCGUGGCUGCAGAACGUGGUCUGGACGCUCGCUGUUGUGACUGUAGCUCCUAUCCUGCUCUACGUCUCGGUGCCUCAUCAUACAGAGACGCUAUGGCCGCUCCAGAGUCCGCGACUGGCGGGGACGCUGCUGAAAGUGCUGCUGAAUGUACUGACGCUGUCGGCGGUGGUCAUGGCGCUGUACGGCGCGUCCUGUAGCUCCAAGCCGCUGACACUGAGUGCGGUGACGAACUGGAGGCAAGUGCACGUUGAGGCGCCUACUGAGUGCGCCGAGCGGUUGCUGGACGGAGGAAAAGGACUUUUGAUGCUGGUGAAGGAAGUGCUGGCGGUUGGACUGAGCUCUGAUGCACCGCUGGGACAGUUGGACGACAGUGUUUGGACGCUCGUGAUGAGCAUUGACGGGUAUGUGGUGCGGCAGCUGCUGCUGGUGGUUGCUGGUGUGUUGGUGACGGUGACUUGUUUCCACCGUUUGUGGACCAAGAUACUGGUGCUGCUGCUGGCGGUGAGCAUCUUGGCACUGAACGUGAUGAAGGAAUUGAAAAUGCAGCAGCGAGCAGCCGUCGAGAUCUUCUCGCUGGACCCCACCUUUGCUUUCGUCAACGAGAGCAUCUUUGUUGCUAUCGAUGGACAGAAUCUUGAGGACGGCGGGUCCAUAGCGUGGGCGCCCUACUGGGGAGGGGUGCAACAGAAUAAGGCGCAGCUUUGCUCGAAGCACUACCCGCAGCAGCUCAGCAACGGUGGCGUACUCACGACAUUUGGUCGUGUGAACGAAUACAUUCCGUGCUACCUUAGCGCUAUGGAAACUGCUUCCGCUGUGAUAGUCGACGGUGAGAUUCAGCCUUCCGAGGCGUUUCAGUGUUUCGAGAGCAUCCGGCUGCGGGUCAAAGAUCAGAAAAGUGUACCGGGCUGGUCACUCACUCAGCACGAGGAGGAAGCCAUGCCGAUGAAGAAGCACGAACUUUAA